AUGGCCGAUGACAAGAGCAGGAAGCAGGCUACCCUGGGGAGGUUUUUCGGCUCCGGUGCCAACCAACCGCCGAAAAAGCAAACCACAUUAGCUUUUGGUGGAACGAGACAAGUAGCAAGCUGUAAGGCUGCUGAUACAGAGACCAAGAACAACGCCGACGGAGCUACAGUGGAAGACGCCACCAACUCAGCACCAACUGCCUCCCUCAAUAAAACAGAGUCAACGAAGGGUGUGAAGCGGGAAAAGAGCGUCGAGGCGGAAGAAAGCGAUGGCUCUGAUGUCCAGCCUGUCUCUAAGAGGCGACGAAGGGCAUCCCCGAAGAAGUCCGAAUCUAUAAAGCUGAAGAUUGAAUCGCCAUCGCCCAAAGCAUCUCUUAAAAACCCAUCCGAUGUUACUCCUGAAGAAAAGUCACCGUCAGUAGAAGAAGAGGAGGACCCAUUGGAAAGUGAAGAUGAAGAUGACCUCAAGCCGGAGCUCACGAAGAAGUCAAUCGAAAAAUUCCAAGCCAAAUUACAAGGCAGCGGUAAAGACCCAUACCCAGACUGGAAAGCAGGUGAACCUGUUCCAUAUGCUGCUUUAUGCACAACGUUUUCGCUGGUGGAAAUGACCAGAAAACGCCUAGAAAUUACGGACCACUGUUCUCUUUUCCUUCGCCAGGUUCUUCGCCUGACCCCCGCCGAUUUCCUACCUACUGUGCAGCUGAUGAUCAACAAAUUGGCAGCCGAUUAUGCCGGGGUUGAACUGGGCAUCGGAGAAUCCCUGAUAAUGAAAGCUAUUGGUGAGUGUACCGGCCGCAGCCUUGCCAUCAUCAAAGCCGACCAACGGGAGAUCGGAGAUCUGGGACUGGUCGCCGCCAAAAGUCGGUCAAACCAGCCUACCAUGUUCAAGCCCAAGCCUUUGACUGUUCGAGGUGUGCAUGAAGGCCUUCUUGGAAUCGCCAAGGUCCAGGGUCAUGGAUCUCAGGACAAGAAGAUUUCAGGAAUCAAGAAACUAUUGGCCGCAGCCGAUGCCGAUACUUCGGGAAAGGGAGGCAAAGGAGUGGAUGUCACCAAGGAUAAAGGUGGCCCCAGCGAAGCCAAAUACAUAGUUCGCUUUUUGGAGGGUAAGCUGAGACUGGGACUCGCAGAGAAAACUGUUCUUGUCGCUGUUUCUAGAGCAGUCCAGACUCACGAGGCUGAAUCAACCGGCAAGAAGAUCCCGUCCGCAGAGCAAAUGGCUGAAGGUGAAAACAUCUUCAAGACUGUUUACAGUGAGCUUCCGGCCUACGAAGUGAUCAUUCCUGCUGUCCUUGAGCAUGGUCUCUUAAAGCUUCCUGAAGUCUGCAAGCUUUCUCCUGGAAUUCCCAUCAAGCCUAUGCUUGCCAAACCCACCAAAUCUAUCACCGAAGUCCUUGACCGGUUCGAAGGGAAGGAAUUCACUUGCGAAUACAAAUACGAUGGAGAAAGAGCCCAGAUACAUUUUGUGUCUCCAGAUUCCGUCCACCAGUAUCCUGGAGCCUUGGACACGUUACAGAAGGACAGCAAGGGACUCUCCUCCAUCUUCUCCCGCAACUCGGAAGAUCUUUCGAAGAAGUAUCCCGAUGUUCUAGGCAAGCUUGAUACGUGGGUCAAAUCUGACGUUAAGAGCUUUGUUCUUGACUGCGAGACUGUCGCAUGGGAUACGGAGGCUAAGAAGGUUCUUCCAUUCCAGCAACUGAUGACUCGCAAGCGCAAGGAUGUCAAAGCGGAAGAUGUCAAGGUCAAGGUCUGCGUGUACGCCUUUGAUCUGCUUUUCUUCAAUGGGGAGCCAUGCGUGAAGAAGUCUCUACGGGAACGCCGAGAGCUUAUGCAUGAGUGCUUCCAACCGGUUGAGGGGGAGUUCCAAUUUGCCCAAUAUGGUAACUCAAAUGUGCUUGAUGAGAUCCAAGAAUUGCUCGAGGCGAGUGUUAAGGCUUCUUGUGAGGGUCUUAUGGUGAAGAUGCUAGACACAGCAGAGAGUGGCUACGAGCCAAGCAAGCGGAGUCGCAACUGGCUGAAGGUCAAAAAGGAUUACCUUGCCGGUGUUGGUGACUCCCUUGAUCUUGUCGUACUCGGUGCCUACUAUGGUCGUGGAAAACGCACUUCGGUUUAUGGUGCCUUCCUUCUCGCUGCCUACAACCCUAGCAGCGACACAUAUGAGACCAUAUGUAACAUCGGCACUGGCUUCUCUGAGGCACUACUUGAAGAGCUACACCAGACUCUAGUUCCUCUGGUAAUUGACCGCCCAAAGCCAUUUUACACUCACUCAGCUGUCCCCAAGGACCAACCGGAUGUUUGGUUUGAGCCAAGACUGGUAUGGGAAGUAAAAACAGCCGAUCUGACGCUCAGUCCGCGCUACCAAGCCGCUGCCGAUGAAUUCCAAGGAACAACCGGUGGUGGAAAGGGUGUGUCUCUGCGUUUCCCGCGGUUUAUCAAAUCUCGCGACGAUAAGAAGCCAGAUGAGGCAACUACCACCCGUGCUGUGGCGGAGAUGUAUCGGAAACAAGAAGCGGUCACCAAGGAGACUACAAGCAAGGGAGGCGUGGAUGAUGACUUUGAGUAUUAA